AUGUCGUCCAAACGGAAGUCACCACCGAACAAGCUCUCCAAUGCGGUGACGAUAGAGAAGAACAACUUCAAGAAGAUCUCGCUCAAGAAUGAGGAGUUCCUGAAGUCGUCCCCGGUGAAGGAGCUGAACUGUGCGUUCGAUACGAACUUUAUCGCGAUGCAGAAGAUGAGCGCCGAUCCGAAGUUUCUCAAGCACGACGAUCUGCUGAGCAACCGGCACGAUGAGCAUCUGUUGCCGCUGGAGCACGACUUCCAUUACAAUCUGCCGUUCCUGAACGUGGCGAGCUACAUCCUGAAGGGGUCCGAUCCGGCCCUGAACAAGACGGAGAACUUUCAGCUGACGAUGAAUCUGGACAGUUUGAAUAUCUCCAGCGGUAAUCAGGAUGCGACACCACCGUCUCCAGUGUCACCGUCGACGACGGUACCGAAGAUCCCCGGUGUAACCAGUGGACCGCGCAAGAUUAACAACAUGAUCCUGAACCAUCUCAAAUCGAUCGUGGACAACUUUGACAGCUUAAACAACAACGUUAAUGAUAAGAACAGCUACGGUGGUGCGGCAAACAACUGUCAGGGCGAGGAGCCACCCGUUCACAUGCCAUCGCCAGUAGAACAGCCCACGGUCCAGCAGUUGAACAACCAGUAUCUCGAAAAGAACAAUCUGGAAUCGUUUCGUACGCGGCUGGACGAGCGCAUCACCAAUCUGCAGCUCAGCAUGAGCGAGAUCUAUCUGAUGCGGCUUAACCUGAGCCUGCUGGACUUCCCGAACGAGAUACCGAGCACAUUGCUGAACAACCACAGCCAGCCACAUAACACCACGGACGAUCUGCCCAACCGGAACUGCAGUUCGCAGAGCACGCAGAAUAACAUCAAGCUUAUCAAACGAAGCUUCAAGGAGUCACUCUACGAGAAGGAGAAAAACAUCAACCGACUGAUCAUGUACUUCACGAUAUGGCGCGAGAUGCUGCUGAAGGCGGAAUUUGGCGAAAACCGCAAGUACAAACAGAACAACUAUUCCAAAAGCAACCUCGACCAACCGUCAUGUCUGCUGUCGGGGGGUAGCACAGCCACGGCCGGUAGCAGCACAUCGACCGGCGAAGGUGCGGCACGUGCCGGUGCGGGCGGUAACGGGAUGUCGCCGGCCGCCUCCUCCACGGCCUCCGUCCCGUCGGCAACACCGGUGGCAAGCGGGGUCGCAUCACCGAACCGAAGCACCUCAGCGGGCACCACCGUGAUCGACUGUGAUAUAGCAGGGCCGGCCGAGCUGGCCAGCGAACCGGACAACUGCAUACGCCGAUACCAAAAUGUAUUUCAAUCGAUUGCUUGCAAGAUGUCGGGUGCGGUUGAGCUGGCCGGCCAGAUGUCACAGCAUUCCGCCGGCGGUACCGUUUACCAACCACCAGCGGCCGGUGGAAGCAGUAGUGGUGGUGGUGGUGGUGGUGCUACCAACAGCUCGACCGUCGGUGGUAAUAUGCGUCGCAAUGCUCGGAAACGGCCCCACCUAAUGCCACCGGAUGCGGACCCGGAACAGCUGAUACUCCCCAAGCAACCGAUGCUGUCCGCGCCGCCAUUAAACUGUAGCGGUGCGGGCGUGCCCGCCGGGCCGGGGUCACUCACGCUGUACGACGAGUACGAGAAGGCGAAGGAGGAUGAAAACCAAAGAUACGCGAAGGAACCGGACGCACCGAUCAACCUGUCCAAGCGGAAACCGUCCCGGGACAGCCCGCUGGGACCGGGUGGACUGGAGCUCAGCAAUGGCACGAAGCUGCCGGGGAUGGUGCCAGGUGGCAGCGGAGGUGUCGGCCCGUUCGGACCGGCGGGACUCUUCACCGGGUGCGAUACGGACGAGCUGAACCACCGGUUGGAGCUAAUGUCGGAUAAGGUCGGACUGUUGCCACCGACGGCUGUCGCACUGCUGGAGAAGGAGUCCGACAAGUAUUUCCUCAAGUCGAAGCGUGACCGGCUCGAGCUGGAGGCGAACCACCUGUUCGAUUAUCCCGGACCCGGACCGGACGGGUUGCACAAGCAUGCCAAGCUGAAUCUUUACCACCAGUCGCCGAGUCCGCACCAUGGCAGCCCGGACGAGAAGCAGGGCGGCUUGGGGCUGGGCGAGUCGGCCUAUCCACUUGCCCAGCAGUUCUUUAUCAAGGCGGCCGACGCAGGGCCUCACGGUGGGCCUGGUGGACCGGGCCUGUCACCGUUCAACAGCAACGCGAUGAUCGACAACAUGAACCGCCAUCUGAUCCAGCGCCAGCAGACGAUCGCUGCCGUUAGUGGUGGAGGCGGUGGUGGUGGAGGUGGUGGUGGUGGUGGCGGCAGUGGUAAGAAGGACAAGGGCAUGACGCUCGGUGGGAUGGAUCUCGGACCGGACAUCGGUACCGGCCGGAGCCGUUCGUCCAGCACCGAGAAAAACCACAUCAAGCGUCCGAUGAAUGCGUUCAUGGUGUGGGCGAAGGAUGAACGGCGCAAGAUACUGAAGGCCUGCCCGGACAUGCACAAUUCCAACAUCUCCAAAAUACUUGGCGCCCGGUGGAAGGCGAUGACCAACCUCGAGAAGCAACCGUACUACGAGGAGCAGGCGAAGCUGUCAAAGCAGCACAUGGAGAAACAUCCGGACUACCGGUACCGGCCACGUCCGAAGCGUACCUGCAUCAUCGACGGCAAGAAGAUGCGCAUCUCCGAGUACAAGUGUCUGAUGAAGAACCGGCGGCAGGAGAUACGGCAGUUCUGGACGCGUGAUUACGACAGCGGCACCGACCAGAAGUGUCCGCUCAAGGACGCCGGCAAGGUGAUUAAGAACGAGGCCAUGUAA